UUCCUGUGAAGGUUUGUGAGUGUAACUGUCUUGAUAAACAGCUAGUGGCAUAACUGUUGCAGUGUAGUUCUGAUGACCAUCCGGUAAAUGUAAGGAGAUCUAAAGGUGAUCUGAUAUCAUCAAAGACUGUGUUUGUCUUGGACUACAUUCCUGGUGUGAAUGGUAAUCCUACCAGGCAGCCUAUGAUGGAAAACUAACAACGUUAAGGUAAAAUACAUAUUUCAGAUCAAACGAUUGUUAUAGCCUCAGAACUUUAAUGUUUCUAGAAACAUACUAUGAUUUGUAUUUGAAGGGCAAGAAAACGAGACUAAGAGAAAAAGAAACUGAAUGUCUGUGUAUGUUCAGUGUUUUUAUUUAUUAAUAGCAAGCACAACUCCAGCUAAAGAAAGAGAAAAUGUUGGACCAACUACUUUAUCUGCUACAUUUUAAAUAAAUUCUUUCAAGACCAGCUUACAACAUACAAUUGUCUGACCCUGGAAAAAUAGGCUACAACAAUUGAGAACUCCUCCUUCUCUACCUGCAUUGAAACGGGAGAAUGUCAGCAGAAACACAGGAAAGGGAGGAGAUGGAUGGGUGGAAGGAAAAUAUUUGCUUCUUUCACAGACCAAAAAUGCUUUUACAGAGUGAGACUGGACUCCUUGAAUUAAGUUCUAUUCUGUUCCAGGUUUUUAGGCUAAACACAGGAGAAUGUGCUCUCAAAUCCUUUGAGCAAUUUUUUUAAUCGGCUCUUCCAUGCGGAGCAGGUAGGGAGAGCAAGAAAGAAAAAGAGAGAGGGAAAGAGUUCACCUCAAACUAUACUUGUACAUUCUUUGAACUCCUGUGAAGUUUGUAUAAGUUACAAUGCACACUCACACUCACACACACACACACACACACAUAGGAUCUUUCCUGUUUGAAAUAUAUCCAGAAGUGGGAUACUCUGUGAUUUGAAACGCUCCAUUUCCCCCCCACACAAUCAUGUGCUUGCAAAAGAUUAUUUUACUGCCUCUAAAACUCAAAUCCCUGCGUUGGCUAAAACAUUUUAAAAAUGUUGGUAUGACCAUUUUAAUGGACAGAAAUGUGCAGUUGAGUGCACUUCACUGGUCAAAAGCAUGUAGAAAAUCUAACUCCGUAUCUCAUGACUUCAAUCAAUAUGCAGGAAACCAAAAAACUUCAAAUUAAAUGCUUUCUUUAGCAAUGUUUCUUGAGAUAAUCGUUUUAAUAAACUUCCAACUAAAUAAUCUGUUUAUCCAAGUGAUGUUAUCAGUUCUCUGAAUUAUUUAGAAUGCGACAACCUGGUGACAACCUUCUCCGUCUUCUGUUUUUGUUGUGUGUAGAGUUAAACACAAACAAGUCAGUUCCCAUGGGAAAAUGAGCUCAAGUCUGUUUGACUGAUUCCACAGAUAAACUUUCUCCCUGUUUUUCUUUCUUGUUUUUUAUAUAUACAGUUAAAAAUGCUCUGUCCUAAGCAGAAUCCCAAUAUGACUCAUCAUUUAUGCUCAUCAGAACAAAUAAAGUUAUUACAUACAUACAGAGUCAACUGCAAGAUUACAAGCUUGACCUACAAGUAUUUUGUAAAUAAACUAAGGGAGGGAGCUAGGUGGUUAGUGACAGCCUUUGUAUUAAACCUUGAGAGGCUUUACAUAAUAUGUAGCUAUAUAUAUACAUAUAUAUAUAUAUAUAUAUAUAUAUAUGCUCUGUCAUAGGAAUCUAAGGGUAUCUUAGCUGUUCUUCCCUCUUCUGGACAGAGACCUGGACUCUUCUAGUGCCAGUCUUCCCGUUUUAGGGUUGCAGCUCCUAAUGCUCCUAUUACCAUUGCUCCAGUUGUUCCUCAAGUCCCUGGUACUUCUCUAUUUUCUUGUUCUUCGUCUUCCUUCUGAUGUUAUCCGCUGGGAUUGCUGCAUCGAUUAAACCACCACUACGUCUAGUUGGUUGGUCAGCAGCUGUUUGUCUGGAACUUCAAGUCCCAGAGGAUCUUAGCCCUGUUGUUCUCAACCACCUUUGGUGCUGUCUCCCAUUGGGAGUUGGGGACUUCUAGUCCAUAUGCUGCACAGAUGUUGCUAAACACUGUCUCAACCACUUGAUUGUCCUUCUCAGUGUACACUGUCCCAACUUGCGUCUUACAUCCUGCUACUAUGUGUUGGACAGUUGCAUAGUCUUCAACUCGGGUUCUGUCAGCUGUGGUAGACUCCUGCCUCUAUGGAUCUGGUGCUUAGGGCUUGUUCUUGUGCUGCCAUGAUUAGAGUGUCUUGGUUGUCCUUUAGGCUGGCCUUUUCUAGCCACUAGUAGGAUUUCUUGAUGUCAGCCACUUUCUCUGUUGAUAGCAUAUCCUAUGCAGGGCUUGGUUGUUCAUGAUAGUUCCUCCUCCUGUUCCUCGUUGCCGUAGCCAUCUUGGAGUAGCUCAUCUUGGGGACCAUCUACCUGAAUUAACUGUGGAUGCUUUGUGUUUCCUCUUGCAUUGUGGCUCUGAACCUCACUAAUUCUUGCCUUCUCUCUUCCCGUUGCACUUAGAGCUUCAGGCCAUUGGACAUUGGGUGUAGAAUUCCAUGCAUUUUGAGAAGCCUCACACUUUUCCAAUCUGAAUGACGCCCCAAUGCCCUUGCAGUACAUCCUGCAAGCUAAUCGGCUAGUUCACUCCUGGCAUACAGCUUGAUGUCAUCUUAUGGGAGGAUUUUCUCAUCAGGACUGGCUAAGAUCUUUACAUACUGUAAUAACUUUUAACUGUGAGAAGAGUGCUUUUUCAUAAUGAGAGACAGAUUGGUGGAGUUGCAGCAGAAGGCUCGAGAGUUAUCUGCAGUUGCAACUGAGAAUAUCAAUCCUUUCUCAGUGGAGAAUGAUGAUGAUGACUCUGUGGCACUCGGGGUCAUAAAGCCACAAGCUGUGGUGUUUGAGGAGGAGCCAGUCAUUCAGGACUUUCUGUCAGAGGUUGAGCAUAUACAAGAUGACAUUGCAGUGCUGGAAACUGAGGUCCUUAAGUUCACUCAACAGCAAAAGACCAUGGUGGCAACCAUGCGUCGUUUUAGUGUGAUGAAAAAAGAGAGCAGCAUAACACGAGACAUAAAGCUCAGGGCCGAAAGCCUUCACCGUCGUUUGGACAACCUUUCAAAACAGGUCCAAAAAACUCUGGAGCAGCAGGGACCUACUGCUGCUUUAACGAGAAUACAAAGCUCCCAACAUGCAGCACUACUCCGCCGAUUCCAGCAGGUAAUGCGAGAGUAUAAUGAAGGCCUGCUGACCAAGCAAGACCGCUGUAAGCAAUUCAUUAUCCGGCAGCUGGAGGUAUCAGAAAAACCUGUAACAGAGAAGGAGGUGGAUGAGAUGGUGGCCACUGGAAAUUGGGAGGUCUUCAAUGAGAACCUGCUGAAUGAUGUCAGAAUCACGCGGGCACAAUUAUCUGAGAUCGAACAGCGACACAAGGAGUUGAUGAGCCUGGAGAACAAUAUGAAGGAGCUUCGGGACCUCUUCAUGGACAUUUUUAUGCUGGUGGAGGAACAGGGGGUCUUUAUUGAACACAUCCAGACCAAUGUAGAGAUGACACAGGAUUAUGUGGUUGCAUCUAAUGAGAAGUUUAAGGCAGCUGCCAGGUAUAAGAAGAAGAACCCAAUUCGACAGCUUUGCUGUUGCUGCUGCCCUCCAUGGAGAUGCUGCUUGUAAUACAUAGAAUAAUUUGAAUCAUAGUUUAUUGGAAAACUGAUUUUACUUCAUUUUACCUGUUGGAAGUAAGUAACACUGGAUUUCAGUACCACUAAAGUGACGGGAAAGGUACUGAACUUUUGGCUGUUGAACAGAGCAACAGUGAAGACAGAUUCAACAGAGCAUAGAAACCAAUUAGGGGGAAUGGGCCAGAAUUGGUAUGGGAGGCACCUAUUUCAUUCAAGACGGUGUGAAGCGGCUGCUAUUAGAAGAGACAGUUCAGUGAGUGCUACUCACCAACACUGUUGCUUACUGGAGACCUUCACUGUCAUCUGACAGAGGUCACAAACAAGGGGAGGCCACUGACUUUGCUACAUCAGCAAGACUGAUAUCUCACCGCUUUUCUUUUUUUUUUCUUUUGUCCUGCUACACGAACUCUUGAUAAUGACUUGUGGCUUGUUUUUAAUACAUUAUCUGCACUUUAAAAUGUCUUUCCUUUUCUUUUGAGCACAAACUAAAAUUUACUUUAAGAGUGGUAUUGAGCCAUUAGAUAUUCAUUCCAGUCUUGGUCCACAUGCUGAUGGAAAAAAGAAGUUGUUUUACAAUUAGUCAUUAGUCUCAUUUGCAUUUCAAAGUAAGAUCAUUUUCAGUGAAAAAAAAGUAAUUAAUUUAUGCAGUUUCACAUAGACGUAUUCAAAUAAAACUUUGAAUAAUGAGGCUUGAUCAAAAUAUUUCUGUCAUAAUCGCAAAACUGCAGGAAAUCAUCGAAGCCAUUUGUGUAAAAAUAAGAGAGAAAAUUGCAUUUGAGGAAAUUCAUUAAAUUCUUUGUAUGUUUUGCAUUUUGA